AUGCAGUUUGUUCUUCUGGCAGUAGUCUUCAGCUCAAAUUGCCCGGAUAUGACAAAAAAGAGCCAGGAUAGAAGCGUGGCUAUCCUACAAGGCCUGACGAAGUCCCAGUUAGACAAGGCCUUGGAUGCCGGCCUUGACGAGGACACACCCGUAGAAGAACUGUGCCGGCAGUUGAAGAAUGUACUGAAACCGAAGAUAUCAAAAGGGGCGGCCAUGGACCAGAUGUAUACACGCUGUAUACUACCGGCCGAAACCCCGAAUGAGAAUGCAGCGGAAUUACGGCGUCUCUGCAGAGCAGCCUAUCCCUCGGUCUCCGAGACGGACUGUCAUGACGCAGCCCUACACUUCUUUGUGAAGAAUCUAAACCCAAUGGAGCUGCGUCGUUCACUGCUCCUUCAACCACCCUAG